AGCACUAUGUCAAUUAAUAUCUUACCCUAUUGACAUUAAAUCGCAUCGAUUCGAGUCAGCUUGUGAAAAAUUAUUUAUUAUGACAUUAAUGUGUAUACAUACGUAUCGUAAAUAAAAUUACAAAGAUAAAAGUGUCGGAUGCAUUACAAGUUACGUUCUAUAACUUUAAAAUUACGUUCAUUUACAUACGUGUUCGAUUGUGAUAAACAAAACGUAUUAAAAACAGUUUCUAAAAUGCGACGAGUUUUUUGACUCUUCACGCUGCUCUCCUCACGCCUGUUACAAUUGUUCUGCAACAUCUAAGUACAAUUUGUUCUGCAACAUCGAUCACAACUCAAAGUAACAACGAUAAAAAUUAUGUAUCGAGUCGGCUAGUCAAUUGUCACUGAAGCGAACUCCCACAGUAGCACCAUACAAUAAACAAAGACUCGACAAUGAAAAAUUUGGUUAAUAGAAUCGCGAGAUUUUGACAUUCGACCGGAAGUUGUGCACAUAUGUUUACGAUACAGUUCGUGCAGAAGUGGCGCAUGCGCAGUCCCUACGGCCUGAAUAUGUCGGCUGGGUAAAAUACGUUAAUUGUUAUCAUGACUGGAAUGAUUUCCUUUGGUUAAGUUUGUUGCCGUUAAAUCACUGCAAAACUGUUCGUAACUGAAAAGCUGGAAGGUACGAGUACGAUAAAUAUUAUUAAUAGAGAAAGUCAAGCCCGCUGUAUCGUAGAUUAAGAAAUUUAGUAAAGAGGGCCUUAUGUCAACUCAGUUCAACGUUGAAGGGGCCGACGACGUGUGCCAAUAUGAAGAAGCUGUUUUCAAAAAUCGAAAACACGUCGAAGGAGCCUAACAGUUACAUAGGGAAAGUUUUUGUGGUGGGACGUUACACUGUCACCGUUGAAGAGGUUUUGGCCGAAGGAGGAUUUGCCAUUGUAUUCCUGGUAAAGUCAUCGAGUGGACGUUAUGCGCUUAAACGCAUGUAUGUUAACAAUGAACAUGAUCUCAAUGUAUGUAAAAGGGAGAUACAAAUUGCAAGUAACUUGAAUGGUCAUAAAAAUAUCAUAGGAUAUUUGGAUAGUAGUAUCACUCACAUUGGUGGAGGGGUACAUGAACUUCUACUCUUAAUGCCUUAUUGCAAAUCUCAAGUUUUGCAGAUGAUGAACAAUAGGUUACAAACAGGAUUUAACGAAUCUGAAGUUCUACAAAUAUUUUGCGAUGUUUGCGAAGCUGUAUCUCGACUGCAUCACUGUCAGACACCAAUAAUACAUAGAGAUUUAAAGAUUGAAAAUAUAUUGUAUUCUGAUACUGGCCAUUAUGUAUUAUGCGAUUUUGGUUCUGCAACAGCAAAAAUUCUUAAUCCUAGUGUACAAGGUGCGGCGAUAGUUGAAGAAGAAAUUAAAAAAUAUACGACCCUCAGUUAUAGGGCACCUGAAAUGGUUGAUAUGUAUUGUGGGAAACCUAUUACAACGAAAGCAGAUAUAUGGGCAUUGGGGUGUUUGUUAUACAAACUUUGUUUCUUUACAUUACCAUUUGGAGAAAGCACACUUGCCAUACAAUCGGGAAAUUUUACAAUACCAAAUAAUUCAAGAUAUAGCAGAAGUCUUCAUUGCUUAAUUCGUUAUAUGCUCGAACCAGAUCCUGAUAAUCGCCCUGAUAUUUAUCAAGUGUCUGUGAUUGCAUUCCAAAUUCAAGGAAAAGAAUGUCCAGUACAGAAUUUACAUAAAGUUCAAACACCAGUUUUGGAAUCAUUACCUUGUCCAUCUAUGGAAUCCGACAACGUAAAAAGAUCGUCACUAGUAAAGACACCAAAACCGACUCCAGUAACUACUGUUGAGGGUACGUCAGUCACACCAAGACAACGGCCAAAAGGGCAGGCUGUGAGCACAGGUCCGAUAAGCCUAAGCGGCCAGAUUGUGAGCCAAAUAUCUGGUCAAGGUAGUCAGGUUCAAUCGCAAAGUUCCGUAGGGAAUACGAUUUCGUAUGUUCAAAUGAGUCAACAACUUGGUCCAUUAAACACAUCACAGCCUUAUUUAGGGCAAAAUAUGCAAACAAAUGUUCAGUCAUUACCAGUGAACACUCAAGCGUCUGCUCAUCAGGUGUCAACACUCACCCAAGUUUCGCCGCAAGUUUGUUGCACCACUACUAAUCAAAGUGUUCCUUUUGGACAUCAAUCACAAGUUCAAAAAUCGCAACACAGUCAGUCACAGUGUUCUACAGUUAGACGAUCUCCUGUAAGUGUUCAAGAUACAGUAAGUUCGUAUUACUUUGAUUCAUCGGUGGCAACAAAUGUGAACGAAGAAAAUCUAGAGGCGCUAUUUCCACCAUCUGGUUAUCCAGAUCCGUUUAAAGACGAUAACCGAGCUAUGCCACCACCCGCAAAAAUACCACCACCUGUCGCUCCUAAACCUUCUAAAAUUCUGUCCAAAGCAUCAAAUUCUACUAGUUGUCCACCUCCCAAAUUUACACCUGUAAAUUCGUUAACAUCGAAAAUAAAUACUCCGACGGGGACUAACAUUACUCCUGUAAUGGUACCAACUUUACCGAAACCAGUCAAUAAGACGGAAAGUUUAAGUCAAAAUAUAAGUUCAAGUAUUUCUCCACCCGAUAGUCCAACACACUCUUCGGUACGUCAUAGAAGAAAUGUUAGCGACACAAGUGCUUUUAAUAAAGCAUUUGCAAGCGAAACAACACAAUUUCUAGCACCAUAUGAAGCUUCAGUGAAAUCACGUUCGGAAGAUGCUACUACUCCUGAAGUUCAGAUUGGCGUAAGAUCUUGUCUAGGAUCUAGCGCUUCGCAUGUACGUAUUGGCGAACUUUCAAGCGUAACUGCUACUGAAGGAAGGUCUUUAAGCGCGGAUGUAGCAGCUUGGAAUCCAUUUGAAGACGUACAACCCUUCAAUCAAUUAACAGAAGAUCAUAUUUUUGGUGCCGAGUUUGAUAAAAUUAGAAGAGGAAGUAAUGCAAGCAUUGCUGGUGUAAAAAGUCGCGAAAGCCUUGUUAUGACGUAUGCAGAAUUACCGGAAGAUCCAUUCGAAUCCGCACCUUUUAGUUUGCCAAGAAAGAAGAACAAAAUUGGGUCAAAGACUGCCGCACUUGCUGGAGGGAAGUCGCAAUUAAACGGUAGACCAAGAAUACCUCCUAAACAAUGGAAUCCAGGAUUCGAACGCGCCGAACAGGACCACAAAAUCACAGGGAACAAUCCCGUUUCUCCGCCGUUCGUUCGGAUCCCGUUGGAAGAUCGGUCGAAAUACGAGAAGUUAACGUUCGACGCUGGAGACGUGUCCAGCGACAGCGAUAAGGAUUUAUCGCAAGAGCGAAUGAAACAGAAGAGAAAGAGAGCCAAGAACAUGAUACACAGAAAGAGAAAAACGCAGAACACGAAGAACGUUCCGAGUGAUCCGGCAGGCACGGCUGGUAAUUUGAAAACGCUCGGUAACAACUGGUGUAAUCAAAGUGUUUGCAACAGCGUUAGGUCAAAUGGUAUCGGCAUUGGUGAUUGCAGAAAGAGCAGUAACACUCGAAAUGGUAGUAACAAGGAGGAAAUACAGGAAGAGGGGGACGAGGAAGAGGAGCAGGAGGCAGAGGGGAACAAGGAGAAGAAAAAGAUAAAGGAAGAAACGAGAGAGGAGAAUAAAAGGAAAGAGCAGGAUGAAGAAGAGGGUGAGAAACUUGUUGUGGAAGAAGAAGAGGAAGAAGAGGAGGAGGAGGAGGACGAGGAGGAAGAGGAAGAAGAAGAAGAGGAGGAGGAGGAACAGGAAGUGGAAGACGAUGAUGACGAUGACAAAGACAACGAUGACAUCGACGAUAACAAUAAUGACAACGAGAACGAGAAGAAAACCUACGAUAUCGAUGAAAAUUGUGAAGAGAUGAACGAAACUACGGAGGCUGUACAUAGAAUUAGCUCGGUUCAUCAUGCGGAAAGAAACGUUAUUACGAGCGAGCACGAUUACAGAACGAAAAAAUCGAAGAAAUAUUAUCGAGGAGAGCGAUCGUCGAUUACUCGGGUGAACACAGAUCCAGUUGUCGGUCAUCAAUACGGGGAGAAGCCACUUUUACUUGACGAUGAACUCGAUUCGGAACCAAAGUUGGAGUACUCUCAUGGCGAUCCGUUUGUUAUGGACGAUCGAUAUGGAUCAAAGUAUCAGUCGUUCGACGGCAUCAGGGUGUUAAAGAGAAACGAGAGGGCGAAUCUAUUGAGCGACUUAUCGUGGAAACACGGCGACGACGUUUUCGCUUUGGCACCGUUUCCAAAGUCAUCCGGCUACUCAAAAAGAAAUAACGAUUGUCAACAAGAGAGCAAUGAAUUUAAACCUGUAGUUCCUGCUAUUUUUGAUUUGACAGCUACGUCAGAGACGGCAGCAGAUUCGGAGAACAGAUUGCUUUCUACAGGGAGGUGUAGCUCGUCCUCGGCGUGUGCGAAUGUCACGAAAGAAGGAUUUGCGGAUAUUGACUUGUUAUCCGGCGACACGCAACAAUCCCCGGUCACUAAAGCGAUCCCCAUUAUUUACCGGGAGUCUGAACGAAAGAGAAACCAAAUGGAUCAAGAGGGCAAAGUUGAGAAGGGAAGAGACGGAGAAGAAAAUAAAAGGAUAGAAGCGACAAAAGAAGAAAAAGAGAAAGAAGUGGAUGGAAGGAGAGAAGAAAAUAGAGAAACGGAUUUAUUUGGCUCGUCGCCGUUUAGUCCGAGCAGUUUCGUAAUAAAUUCGUUUGACUUCAACAGUUUGCGAAACGAGGAGACCCCAAACCGAUCGGCAAAGAUGACGUUCGCGAGUCAGGAAGAACCUUACGAUGAUUACAUUCACGUGUCUGUUCGUUCCUCUCGGACCCAACAAUCUCCGUCGAACAUUUGCCACAUGAAACAGGCUACUGGAGCCGCUGUGGCCAGUCCAGCUACGAAAACAACGUUGAAUUCCAAAUUUCCCGACGUCUCCGCCGAUACUGAGUAUUUGCAUACGUUCCCGGAUGUUUCGAAAGAUCUGUUCGGUUCCAUUCCGUUCAACGAAUUCGCAUCUUUACAAUUAAGCGAAGAAAAAAAGAGAACGGAGAGUUGCGUACCAUUUGUUCAAUUAUCGUCACCAUCAUCGACGCAACUUCACCAAACGCAGUCACAGUCACAGUCACAGUCGCAGACCUCGAAUUUCGUUGGCGAGAAUUUGAACACGAUGCUAUUGGAUAAAGCGCAAUCGUCGGACACCAUCGCUGGCCGAGCAUCUACUUUGAAAGACGUAUAUACGAUUAAACCGGUUCAGCAUACUGCUCGGAUCACUAUUCAAACAGUGAACAGCGUGUCAAAGCCAGAUGUUACAUCGGACAUUGUUUCACCUAUGUCGCCCGAACCGUUGGUGGUUACCGAUGACGAUCACCACGACAUGCCAAGGCAUAGACGAGAAAAGUUUAACAAGUCAGAGAAAUCGAAGUAUCAUUUGAUCAAUGAAAUUCAUAACGAUGUUAGCGACGUUCUAUCAUCGUCGAAGCUAACUCAUAAGACCAAGGCAACUGGUUACGGUAAGAAAACUCCGAGAGUGAAAAAAUGUUCUGUUGUUAGCACAGCUGCUGGUUUCAGUAACAUGAGCUUCGAGGAUUUUCCGAGCGACGAGAACGAGGAGAAACAAUUUAAGAACACGAAAAUCGCUCCGUUCGAGGUGAUCAGAGAACCUGAGAAACGGUUCGGAUCGUUGAAGAGAAGGAGCAAUCCGUUCACCUGAGACACGAAGAUAAUGUGAAAAGAAUUUCAUAUGACUGUUCUUGCGAAAGAGCAUGGUAUUGGCACUGAAUCGCAUGAAUCGUUCGAUGAUCACAUCGUUUUUACUUAUUCUCUAGUUAAGUGUAGAACAUGAAGAGAGGAAAUUUUAUAAAACGAUGCGUGCAUUUCAUCGGUGUUGCAUCGACUUACAUCUUAUGAUAUCGACACCGUGUUGUUGUACACAAUCAUGCUAUCGAUUGAACAUCGAUCAGUUUCCUUUACUCUCAUUUGCUUCUUCUCCUUUUUCUUUUUUGGUUUUCAUUGUACAAGUAUGAAAUCCUGCACGAUUGCAUCUACAUAGUUGGCGAUUAGAAAACAAUCAGAAAAACUUUACUCAACAUUUGUAACAAAUCAAACGGCAUAUUCUAUUAAAACUAUGACAGUACAUCGUAUAAAAUGAUUCUUGCUUUAUUUGGAGAAUGUUUGCUUUAAAGAAUAAUUUGAUAUAUCACGUUUAUAUCUUAAUUGAUGUCAUGGAUCGACAUUGUCAAUAUUUUUUAGUGAUUUUGAAAAUAGAAUAUUA